GGCGGCGGCGGCGCCCAAUGGCGGCGCGGGCGGCGGGCCUGCGCCCUGGGCCCCCGGCGCGGGGGGCGGCACGGCGCGGCGCGGCGCGGCCCCGGCGCGCAGAGGCAGCGCGGCCGCGGACGGGGGCGCAGCAUGUGCGGAAUCUUUGCUUACCUGAACUACCAUGUUCCCCGGACAAGACGGGAGAUCCUGGAGACCCUUAUCAAAGGGCUCCAGCGGCUGGAGUACAGAGGAUACGAUUCUGCAGGUGUGGGAAUUGAUGGAGGAAAUGACAAAGACUGGGAAGCUAAUGCUUGUAAAAUCCAGCUCAUCAAACAGAAAGGGAAGGUGAAGGCUCUGGAUGAAGAGGUUCACAAGCAACAGGAUGUGGAUCUGGACAUUGAGUUUGAUGUGCAUCUUGGAAUUGCACACACCCGUUGGGCUACCCAUGGCGAGCCCAAUCCUGUCAACAGCCACCCGCAACGCUCAGAUAAAAACAAUGAAUUCAUUGUCAUCCACAAUGGCAUUAUAACCAACUACAAAGACCUGAGAAAAUUCUUGGAAAGCAAAGGAUACGAUUUUGAGUCUGAGACCGACACAGAAAGUAUUGCAAAGCUUGUCAAAUACAUGUAUGAUAAUCGUGAAAGUGAUGACAUUAGUUUCACCACCCUGGUGGAGAGGGUCAUCCAGCAACUGGAAGGUGCUUUUGCCCUUGUAUUCAAAAGCGUCCAUUAUCCUGGUCAAGCCGUUGGUACCAGGCGAGGCAGCCCGCUGCUAAUCGGUGUGCGCAGUGAGCACAAGCUCUCCACUGACCACAUCCCCAUACUCUACAGGACUGCUGGGCAAUCUAUGGAUCAUUCUUUUGAUGGAAUAUCCAUAAAAAUGGAGGAAGGUAAAGACAAGAAGGGAAGUUGCAACCUGUCUCGUGUUGACAGCACCACCUGCCUUUUCCCUGUUGAGGAGAAAGCUGUGGAGUACUACUUUGCUUCUGACGCUAGUGCUGUCAUUGAGCAUACCAACAGAGUGAUUUUCCUUGAAGAUGAUGAUGUAGCAGCUGUGGUUGAUGGCCGUCUUUCCAUCCACCGGAUUAAACGCACGGCAGGCGAUCACCCCGGACGUGCCGUCCAAACCCUGCAGAUGGAACUGCAGCAGAUUAUGAAGGGUAACUUCAGCUCAUUUAUGCAGAAGGAAAUCUUUGAACAGCCAGAAUCUGUUGUUAAUACGAUGAGAGGAAGGGUCAAUUUUGAUGACUACACUGUAAAUCUCGGUGGGCUGAAGGAUCACAUUAAGGAGAUUCAGAGAUGUCGUCGCUUAAUCCUUAUUGCUUGUGGGACAAGUUACCACGCUGGAGUUGCGACUCGUCAGGUUCUGGAAGAACUGACUGAAUUGCCUGUUAUGGUUGAACUAGCCAGUGACUUCCUGGACAGAAACACUCCUGUCUUCAGAGAUGAUGUUUGCUUUUUCAUCAGCCAGUCAGGCGAGACAGCAGAUACUUUGAUGGGUCUUCGGUACUGUAAAGAGAGAGGAGCCUUAACUGUAGGAAUAACUAACACAGUUGGCAGCUCUAUAUCACGAGAGACAGAUUGUGGAGUCCAUAUCAAUGCAGGACCAGAGAUUGGGGUUGCCAGUACAAAGGCCUAUACCAGCCAGUUUGUUUCUUUGGUGAUGUUUGCGCUGAUGAUGUGUGAUGAUAGAAUUUCUAUGCAAGAAAGGCGCAAGGAAAUCAUGCGUGGUCUAAAGGGACUGCCAGACUUGAUUAAGGAAGUGCUGAGUAUGGAUGACGAGAUCCAGAAGCUGGCAACGGAGCUAUACCAUCAGAAGUCUGUUCUCAUUAUGGGACGUGGCUACCAUUACGCUACAUGUCUUGAGGGAGCUUUGAAAAUUAAAGAAAUUACCUACAUGCACUCUGAAGGGAUAUUGGCAGGUGAGCUGAAGCAUGGUCCUCUUGCGCUGGUGGACAAACUCAUGCCUGUUAUCAUGAUCAUCAUGAGAGAUCACACAUAUGCAAAGUGCCAGAAUGCUCUGCAACAGGUGAUUGCACGACAGGGGCGACCUGUAGUGAUUUGUGAUAAGGAGGACAUCGAGACAAUUAAGAACAAUAAGAGAACAAUCAAAGUCCCCCAUUCAGUGGACUGUCUGCAGGGGAUCCUGAGUGUUAUCCCCCUCCAGCUUCUGGCUUUCCACCUUGCAGUUCUCAGAGGAUACGAUGUUGAUUUUCCAAGAAAUCUGGCCAAGUCCGUAACUGUAGCGUGAAAGAUCAUCUGAAUCAUAGGGGCAAAGGGGAAUUAAAUGAGAGACUUUUUUUGGUACCAAAAUAACUUGAUUUUAAAGUCCCCUAGGUAAAUCUUAUUUUGCUAAAUCAUUGUUUGUGUAUAAGAUCACCGUAAUUCCAUUACCUUAGUGAUUGUCAAAUUGAUUCCACAUGCUGUGUCAAUAGCUUUGGGUUUUUUGAACACUAGACUUCCAUGAAAGAUGUUAAAUGGUUUUCUUUAAAGAUUUCUCAGUCUUCUAGGUGAGGGGCCCUCCACUUUACUUUAAGAUAAUGUCGUUGUUUCUUACCCAGUGUGGCUCAUUCCUGUUGUUGCUGAGAAACCAUUGAAUAAAUUACCUGUCAUGCUCUCAGGCAGUGAAGCAAGAUACCACAACAUACAACUGGAACAAAAUCUGUUAUUGGUCAUGCUUGUGCAGAUACUUUAAUAGUGAACAAAAUUGGAACAAAAGUUUGGGUUAAUUUCUGCCUCAUUUACAAAAGGGAAUUCAACUGAUCUGUCAGACUUCCUAAAUCUUAGGCACUUGGUGAAUGUGCUUAAAUAAGAAAACAAAACAAGUCACAUCAAAAGGAUUUUAAUCUAUGCCAAAUACCUAGCAGCUGACAAUCUCGUAGACUCAGUGGGCCAAAAUGCAUUCUGCAAAACCAGCACAUAUCUCUGGUUGUGCCCGUGAAGACAGUGGAACUUGCUCCUUCAAGCGUAAAUGAAAGCAGCGUCUGAUGUGGUACGGGUGCUUACCAAAGUGUGGGGGGGAAAGUGGAACAUGAACAGUGCUCAGGUUUUGUUGUUUGGGUUUUACUUUUUGUUUUAAACAAGUCAUGCACAUUCUGUGUUAAGGGAUAAAGUUGUUCUCCCCUUUGAGCACUGUGGCAUUAUAAACAAACCCUAGGGAACUGGCUUUCUAUUGCUGCAGGUUACUUACUGGUCUGACCGUGUGCCUUGUAUCUCACAGUCAGACAGCACUCAGUCUUCCUUUCUGAGGCUUCGUACGUUAGACCAAGUCCCUUAACAAAUGCACAAGCGAGUCCUGUUUAUUUACAGUGGCCGUGGCGUAUCCAGCGUGUGUCAGCUUCUGCCGGUUUAUGGUCAGAGGGGUAAAAAAAAGGUGCAGUAGCCAAGAGAGAAAGAGAUACCGUGAGAGUAGCUUUAUACCAAGUUUGCAGAGGAGCAGAUGUUACACAGAAAGCAUGCCUUCAAGACCUAACACUUUCAGUCAUUAAAGGGCAGUUAGCUCUGCGUUUCCUAAUGCAAAAGGGCAUAUUUCCUACCAGCUUGUUGGGUUCUGAAUUAGUUUUACACAGGCAGUAAAAACACCAUAGUGGAAGGCAUAAAGCAAUACUUGGCAAGUAGUAGGGAAUAUUUAAGGUCAAUUACUGCCCCUGAAGAACUGCUUUAACAAAUACAGUGUUUGGGGACUGUCCUCCACCAUUUGAAACCUAGUUUUCCUUGUGCAGGAUGCGAGAUUAUUGCUAAAUUCCAGUAAUCCAGGCCAACUCGCACAAUGGAAGACGAUUGCUCAAAGUGAGGUGGUUCCAAAGACUCUGUCUGUGGCAAUUCUUUUUUGUAUAAUUGAAGUAACCUAUAUAACUUCGAUUCAGGAUCAGUUGCUGGCUUAGUUUUAUUAUGUUAAAGAGAAUAAAUUGCUGCCUGCCUGGAAAUAGCUUCUCAAACCAAUAUGUAUAUGUUUACUGAUACAUUGUAUUCAGACUAUUACUUGAUGAAGGGGAUGUGUCUGUUUAAGAACAAAGUAGUAAACAUUGCAUUUUAUUUGUACCACAUUUGCUUAUGAGAGGCUAAGUCAUUACGUGCCUUGGCCUAACCAUGACGAGUAGACUUCUCUGCAUCGUUUGAAGAGGAUACUUUUCUUUAAGGAAAAAACGAUGCCUGGUCAAUGCUAAAAAUUUGAAGACAGUCCCUCUUCCUUCUCCCCCUCAGCUUGCUUAAGAGGAGGAGAACUGUGAACCUUUAACAGGGAGGGGCCGGAACCAAGGAAGGGUUCCCCCGCACACCCACAGUACAGGACUUGCAGAAUCAUACCUGCGUUCUUGUCAGCAUGGAUUCUAAUGCGAAUGAGUCCUGCAAGAAAAUUAUUUUAAGCUCUUUCUCCUAUUCCAAUCAGAAGAAAAGCAGCAAGCACUGCUCUUACCUAGCCUUGUACGGAUGACUGUCUGCUAGCUUACCAAGUCCCCUAGCAAACAUGAUGGUAGACAGCACUGUUAAAGUACAAGUUGCUAUACAGUAAAAGUUUGAUAACGCAGGCUGUUAAAUAUUUACAAAAAUAUGUUGUAUACCAAGAGGACCAAAGAAGAGGAUACUAAGUUAGAAAUGUAAAUCUGACACACUCAUGCUGGAUGUAACUGUACAGAUAUUGCUGAGUUAUUUGGUUUGAUGCUACGAUAGACAAAUCCUUACGCUUUGUAAUUUAAGGCAUUUAAAACUCGUGACAGAUUCUUCAUUUGUCAGAAGUAAAGGUAUUCACCCCCUGCAUUCUGCAAGUUGCCAACAAACUGCCUGAAGCGUACAAAACUCUGCUUGCCAAAACCAGUAGUUUAGUCGCUACUUGCAACUAGACUAUCAGAUGUUGUAAUGCUUGAUAUCAAAGAAUGCUGCGGAGCACACUUGCUAUGAAGAAUUUUUCUGAUGAGCAUGGUAGGGAAUCCUUAGAGCAUCUCAUUGUUGUUAAUUGCCAUGCCUGUGUGAAGUGAGAAUGUAUAAAGCACUCUCUUAGCUCUCCUUACCUCAUUUUGUCUAGAUGUGUUGCAUUUUGAUGAACAGAUGAUGUUUCUCUUUUCCCUAGACAACUUUUAGAAUGUCUUGUGAUAUUUAUUAACAGACAGUCAGUCUUCUGCUCUCCAGAAUGAAUGUUUUGCUUACUGAGCCAGUAAAAUUCCCUCCUUCCUAACUGAGGUGUUUAAAAAUGCAGUAGCCCUGUCACUAAAAUUGAGCCACAGGUAAAUACAGAUACAGGCCCUUGUCAUUUGGAGUGGCAGCUGCCUAUUACUGCAUACGUUGGUCAGAAUUUGAGUCAAGAAACUGUUUUCCUCAUCUAUAUCUGUAGCAGCUUAAAGUGAUGCCUAAGCCUAUAGGUCUUUAGGUGUUUUUUUUUUUUUUAAUUACUAAAACCCAGAGACCUUUAGGCUCAGCUUGUGUUGUUUCCACCUAACAGGUCUCAGUCAAAUUCCAAGCCUCUUACUAAAGUUACUCCACAAACAGUAAGAAUUUAACUAACUCACACGUGGUAUAUAAAUUGGUCAGAAAGUUUUUCUUCUUUCCUCAUAGCUACAUAAAGAAAGGCCAUGAAUUUAUCAGGUGAAAAAAUACUGGCCGUACACGUAUUCUUACAAAGAGCCCCAGACAGUAUUUGGGUAAUCGUCUGUGUAAAAUGCAACAGUGACAUAGCAGAUGCAGUCUCUCUUUAGUGUGGGUUUAUGUCCCUGAAAAUAAUUAAGUACCACUGACACCACUGAGAUCUCCUUCUAGCCAAAAAGCUGCCUUGGAGUCCUGUUCUUAAAGUCUCAUCCCCUUUGUACGUAAAGAGCUGUGUUAGUGAAAGCUUCAAACAGGCCAUUUCAGAGUCAGGUGGCAGGGAUCUCAUGGAUAUGGCACAACAUGUAGUCAUGCUGAAUUAGGAGCCUUAAGACUGGCCUAGAUGAAUUAGGUUUGGUUAAGCUGCAGAUUGAAACACCUAAAGGCAUAAGGAAGCCCAAUCUAUUAAUGCAAAACUAGGAUUUUCCCCCUCUACCUUCACACCACAAGUAGAUGCCUGUCCACAACAUGGAAGACGGGUGGGGGGGAUUUAAAUCAGGCCCUUCAAGUAGUUUGUCAGUGUUUAACUGUGGCUAAUUUUAGAUCCUACCUGAAUGUACUGAACUUGCCUCAAAGCAUGGAGUCCCUCCCCUAUAUGAGGAACAAGAAGAAGAAGAAACAAAAAAGUACUUGGUUCAAAUAAAAGGAAAGAAAACUAUUUGCCUUCAAUUCAGUUUGUGUAAAUAGACAUUUGAAAUGGCAAAUAUUACCAUUUCUUCUCUUCUAGACCUAUUUGCCUCUGCUUGUACAUACCCAGCUGGCUUGGUUUGUGGGGACCAGUCUGUAUCUUGUUUCCUGUUACGUGCUGUAUGCAGAAGAUGUCUUUCUUUUGUCUGUAGUGUUUUAUAAUUUGGGUUUUGUCUUUUUGCUUACUUUUUUGUAUCUCACCCUUUGAAUAAAAUCAAGUGCCCUACAUUAAA